GAUUGCUUCUUGAUGAUUAUGGGGGAUAUAUUGCCACAAGACGGGGCCCUUACGGACCUGUCAGUGUUCUAGUUGGCCUACUUAAUGGCAAAAAGUGUAUAAAAUCAGAUUAAGGAAUGACAAAUAUUUCUGAUAUUCACCAUUGCAUCUGAAACACAAGUUGGUUCAAGGUUGUCUCAUACUUGACCAUUGUCUGAGUUGCAUGUUUGUUAGUACUUAAUUUGUUAAUUGUAUUAAGUACAUUAUCAGAGUUUCUAUCUGUUAUUGCAGGUGCAAUCGCCAUGCAGAGAUCUGUAACGAAGCAAUGGCCCGGAUUUGCAAGAAAAUCCCCAAUAUGACCUAUGUCCCACAUCCCACAUUCUGUCAUAAAGGAAUUGUCAAUCGUAGCCCGAUAUCUACCGAUGGUUUACAUCUGAAGCCUGCCGGUAUACAGCAACUGAAAUAUGAUAUCUGGGAUGGAAUCAAAACGGCGCGCAUGAGGAAGGCAUACAUACCUCCAAAACAACUUUUUGCGGAACCUGAUGAUGAACAGACAGAACCAUCAUAUGAGGAAAAUACAUCCUACAGAGAUGCACUGCUUAAGACAGAAGAUCCAGAGGAAGACACAUCAUCACAUCUACCACCACCACCCCCGAGACCAGGAUGCAUAUCAGAAGAUUGGCCGUCACUGGAAUCUGGAUUUGACCUCACCAGGAAAGACGCAACUACAAGGAGGACCCCCACCACCAGAAAGGAUGUCACUAGCAGUAGGGACACAACACUACGAAGUGAUGCCAAAACCACGAGAAGGAAGUCCACCAAGCCAAGUGGCAUCACCAACGGAGAGGACAUGGCCACCACCAGGGACAUCACCACAGGGAGAGAGAUGACAACCGAAAAGGACUCAACUACAAGGAGGAGCCCCACCAAUAUUAAGCAAGACAGAAAAUACUUCUGUACAGAUCAAGAAAAGUCAAAUCUGGGACAUGAGAGUCAAACAGUAGGGGGCAACUUUGAAAAUUUAUAUGAGUUUCAAUCUUUUAAUACAUAUGAAGAAUUUAAAUCUAUUUUUUCAAAUUGGAAUGAUACACAAAAACAUGUUUUCAAAAUCAAGAGUAGCACUAAAAUGGAAAAUAUACCAGAUUGUCCUUACAGGACUGUUGUCUAUACAUGUGUCCACUAUGGAACACCCAGACCAGAGAGGCAAAAGUGAAAA